CUCCAGACCAACCCUAGACGACGGCGUCCGCCCACCUCCGCCCACCUCCGCCCACCUCAUCCCCUUCCCCCACCUCCACCCACCUCCACCCGCCCUCCCCUCUCUUCCACUCUCUCCCCCCACCAUCCGCCCACCUCCUCCGAUCUCUCUCUCUCUCUCUCUCUCUCUCUCUCUCUCUCUCUCUCUCUCUCUCUCUCUCUCUCUCCAAGAUCCUCUUCUCCGGCCAUAGUGACCUAAAAGGCGACGAGGAGGCUCAGGUUCUAACUCUCGACGCUUUUCAGGAGUCGUACUCCAUCCACUCCUGCGACUCAGGGUUGCGGCUGGAAAAGGUGGGAUGAAUAAAAACCAAACCCUAGAUCUGAUUUUUUUUCGCAUUGGUAGUGAUUUUUUCGUAGUGGUAGUGUUUUUUUGCAUUGGUAUUGUUUUUGUCGCAUUGGUAUUGAUUAUUAUGCAAUGGUAUUAAUUUGCAUGUAUUGGUAUUGAUUCAAUCUACAAUGGUAUUGAUUUUUUGUGAAAUGGUAUAGAUUUAUAUUUGUAGAUUGUUUAUAUUGGUAGUUUUCGUGUAAUGGUAUAGAUUUAUUUCUGCAAUGGUAUUGUUAUUUUUCAUAGUGGUAGUGAUUGUCUAAUGGAUUGGUAGUGAUUUCGUGUUUUUUCUUCUUUUGCAGAAAGAUUGAGAAAAAUAAGGAAAAGAGAUCUGGCUGAAGAUUAUGGAAGUGAGAGAAAGAGAGAGAAUUGUAAUUAAUAGAUUCUUGUAAUUAUCUAAAAUAUAAUUUAUUAAAAAAAUUAAUUAAUAUAAUUUAUUUUUCAUACCCAAUUUACCCUUAGUAACCACGGUGAUUACUACUUUGUAGUAAUCACCGUAACCUGUCCCUGCUCUAGUCUAGUCCCAGCUGGACUCCUAUCCUAUAUUCCUAUUUGCCUUUUGGUGUAUAAAUUAGCCAUAUCUUACUGUGCCCUAGCUAGUUCACCGAGCUAACCGAAAUGUGAACGAGGGGACUAAAUUAUUUACACUUGAAAAAUUUGAACUAUGGUCAUUAGAAAUGGAGCUAGAGCCUUACCAACUAGUUGAUUUUUAACAAUGUGUUACAAAUUUUAUUCUUAUAUAUUGGCGGAGGGGAGUUGUUAUAGCCCCUAAUCCAAUGUGGCUUCGACACUAUCUAGCUAGUCGAUAAAAUCUAGCAAGUUUCGGCACUCAACUGAACUCCGAGUUGAUGUGCAGAAGCUAUAUAGCCCCUAAUCCAAUGUGACUUCAGCACUGGCUAGCUAGUCGAUAGAAUCUAGCAAGUUUCGGCACUCAACUGAAUUCCGAGUUGAUACGCAUAAGCUAUAGUAAACUAAUAGACUUAUUAGUGAAAAUGUAUGUAUAAAAUUUGUUCGCAGAUUAGUGAAUGAUUCUGGACAACCAAAAGAGGAGGAGGUUUGGUGCUAUAGAUUCUACUAUAUAGAAACAAUUAAUGGGGUGAGAGUCUAGGGUUAAGUUGGAUUUGUAAGUACAUUAAUGGGUGUGCCCUAUCUAUGCCGACUUAGGCUUAGUAAUGACCCUGAUCAAAGAUAAAGGGAGCUUUUGGGUUACACUAAAUUAAUUUUGUUUGGACCCGGACAGCAGAACAACCAAAGUUGGACUUUAAUCCAUGGGCCUACAACACCCUAUGUGGGAAAUACAUUAUUUGUCAUUUUAAUUAAUUCGGAUUAUUGUCGAUUUUUAAGGGUCGGGGUAUUAUUUGGGGAAUUUGGGAAUAAACAGGGAGUUGAUUGUUAUGUUUCAUUAGUUUGGUAGUUGAUAGGAAUUAGGUGGAUUAUAAAAUCUGUACUAGGGCAUUAUUUUUCAUUAAGCAAUUACAGAACUAAAACCUAAAUCCUAAUCUCAUUCUCUCUCUCUCUCUCUAGCGCCGAACUCCUCCCUCUCUUCUUCUCUAAAGCUGCGGCAGCAGCACCUCUUUUCCCCUCCCUUCUUGUUCUAAAUCACCAAUUCUAAUCCCUAGUUAGAUCAAUCCCUAAUUGAUCUAGCUAAUUUUCCAAUCCCUAAUAACGUGAGAAACCUUGUUUCUCACAUCUGGUAUCAGAGCAAGGUUCGAGAGUGAGUUCUUGAGCUCUUGAACCAGGGCAAACAACAAUGGUGUCGACGAAAUCCAUGAAGGCAGCAGAGAAGGCAGCUCAGGCAGCCGGGAGGAACACCGAGGCGGGCGAUGUUGAUCUCGACGGGGUGGUGAUGGAGGACGUCACCGAGCUGGAGGCGGUGAAACUGGUGGUGCACGAGCACUCUGAUGCGCUGGCUCGGCUUGAAGAAGACCUGGCAAGGGUGCAGGCUGACGCGAAGGCAGAUGCUGAUGAUCUGCGAUGGAGGCUUGAGGACCUGAUGCGGGCGAUUGCUUCGCUGCAUGCAAAGGGGGACGGACUAGGGGGAGCGCCGACUCCGGCUGAGGCGGGGAGCGAAGGAGGCGGCGACGCGGGGGCUUCGGCCGCGGCGGCGACCGCGGCGGGCGAGGCGGUGGCCGGCGGGACCCCGGCAGCGGCGACGCCGGCGGCGCAGGGGGGCGUGGCGCUUGCAAAGGUCGGCGGAGGGGAGGGCGCGGCCAAGGCGGCGGCGGUUCAGGCUGGCGCGCCGUUAGUGACGGCGGAAGGGAACAGGCCGGCAGGUACCGGGCCUGGGCGAGUGGACCGAACGGCAGUAGGGUUGGGCUCGGGUCUGUUACCGACGCCUACGGCCCAAGAGAUUGCGGCCCGGAAGGGAAAGGCUAAGAUGGCUGGGUAUGACGCAGACGGGCCGCCUAUGGGUAAUGGGUCGGGACCGUUGGGCCACUACACGAAUGUCCAUAACGGGUUGGGAUGGCUGGAUCUGGAAGAGGGGCCCGAGUAUGACCAACUGAACCUGGCGGAUCAGCAGGCCCAGUGGGCUGAACCGGAGGUGGACCUAAGGCGGCCGGGUGGGCCGAUGAGGGCCGGUGACCAGAUGGGCCAGGGCGGGUCGGCUCCAAUGGGGCGGACAGAGGCUGACUGGGCAGGAGCGGGCCGGGCCGAUACCGGUCGAGCCGGGAUCGGGCGGACCGAUGCAGAUCGGACCGAGUUGAGCCAAACCGGACCGGGUCGGACUGGGACGGGUCGACCAGAGGUGGGUCGGACCGGACAUCGACCAAGCCCUACUUCUAAGCCGAUCAGGUGGGCGGACAGCAGGGGUCCAGUAGGCGGGGAAGGGCCGUACGAGAUGCCUCACGCUCCAGGAGGGUACCCGAACCACCAAGGGGGCUACCCGGGUGAUUAUGGGCACGGAAAUCCAAGCCAGAUGCAGUACGCUCCAGUUGGGCAGCCAUGGAGGACUCCAGGAAAUGACAGGUAUGGGUCGGAGAUUGAGCAGAAAAGGCGGGAAGGCAAGUGCUUCAACUGUGAUGGCCGGUUCACCAUCGGGCAUCAAUGCCCGAAGCCGGAUUUGAUGAUGUUAGUCGGGCGCUGGGAAGAUGAAGCAGAAGAUGAGCUCGAGGACGGCGGAAAUGGCGAGGGGGAGGCCUAGUGAGCUAGAGAAACAACCUUGGGGACAAGGUUGUUUUUCGAAGGAAGCGGGGAUGUGGGAAAUACAUUAUUUGUCAUUUUAAUUUAUUCGGAUUAUUGUCGGUUUUUAAGGGUCGGGGUAUUAUUUGGGGAAUUUGGGAAUAAACAGGGAGUUGAUUG